AUGGAGGUAUAUGUUUAGAUAGAAGAAAAAUUCCGAAGAAAACUAUAUUCUUCGUAAUAAUAACCAAAUGCUUUAAACAACAACAAAACUACUACUACAACAACAUCUAAUGCUACUAUUUGCUAUAAAAUCAUCUAAUCGCCAAGGAAGGUCUUAUGUAUCGGACUAAGGGUACUCUGUGCCUCUUCUUGCAUAAAAUUAUUAUUAAUCGGACUAUACAUGCGAUGUGAUCCUGUGCUAUUUUUAAAAUUUUUAAAAAAUUUUUGA